AUGGUCAAGUCAUAUUUAAAAUUCGAGGCUUCAAAGACUUUUGGCCUGGUCACGUCUGCUUCUGCAAAUGCGGUUUGGCUGAGAGAUGAGAAGACCGCCGGUUCGACAAGAAAAUCAGGCUCUGGACGCGCGGUUGUAGGCGCUGGAGAAAGUGUUUUAUGUUGGGAUAUCAAGAAGGGAGAUUUACUUUCAAAAUGGAGCGACCGGAAUUGCCAGGCGCAAGUAACAGCAAUUGCGCAGAGCAAAGCCGAUGAAGACCUUUUCGCAGUAGGGUAUGAAGAUGGCACAAUUCGGAUAUGGGAUUCGAAAUUCUCUACGGUGAUGAUAUCCUUCAACGGCCACAAAUCUGCUAUUACCAAAUUAAUAUUCGACGCACAAGGAACACGAGUUGCAAGUGGCUCAAAGGAUACGGAUAUAAUACUCUGGGACUUGGUGUCGGAAGUAGGAUUAGUGAAAUUGCGUGGUCACACUGACCAGAUUACUUCCAUUCAUUUCCUGACCACGGGUGCUGUCGAUGAUGCGGAAGCUCUAGCGCUGAGCCAGCACGAUGGCUUUUUGUUGAGCACAGGAAAGGAUUCGCUUAUCAAAGUCUGGGAUCUGUCCUCUCAACACUGUAUCGAGACACACAUUGCACAAGGAAACGGAGAAUGCUGGAGUUUAGGUCUUUCACCUGAUAUGAGCGGCUGCAUUACUGGGGGCAAUGAAGGUGAAUUGAGGGUGUGGUCGAUUGACGCGACCUCGAUAAGGGAGAUUGCAGGAGGGAAGGCUGAAGUGAACAGCCGCAAGAUAUUGACUGAUCGGGGUAACCUUUAUCGAAGUGGGAAGGAGAAGACUUUGGGUAUACAUUUCCACCCGCAGUUGGAUUAUGUUGCCCUUCAUGGCUCUGAGAAGUCAGCCGAGAUUUGGCGAAUAAAGAGUGAUGAGGAGGUACAAAAGAGCCUGGCACGAAAACGCAAGCGGAAGAGAGAGAAGGCCCGGGAGAAAGCUGGCGAAGGUGGAGCUGAAGCAGAUAUCGAUAUGGAUGACUCUACUACUGCUGCCUCAAUUACAGAAGUUUUUGUGCCCCAUACAAUUGUUCGAACAGGGGGUAAGGUAUCGUCUGUGGACUGGAUGGGAUCUAAGGCCUUACAGCUACUUGUAGCUACGACCAACAAUCAACUGGAGACCUAUGGAAUUACACCAGCCGAGAAGAAAAAAUCCAAGGACCAGGAUGAACCUGAUUAUAACCGUGUGCUGUCUAUCGAUAUACCAGGCCACAGGACAGAUGUAAGAUCUCUUGCACUGAGUUCUGAUGAUAGAAUGGUUUCGUCAGCAUCGAAUGGAAGCCUUAAAAUCUGGAACGUACGAACGGAAACAUGUUUGCGAACGCUGGAUUGUGGUUACGCUCUUUGCUCUGCAUUCUUACCAGGUGACAAGAUUGUCGUGGUUGGAAAUAAGAAUGGAGAAAUUGAGAUGUUCGAUAUUGCAUCGUCCACUCUUCUGGACACAAUACAAGCACACGAUGGUCCUGUCUGGUCACUUCAAGCACAUCCGGAUGGAAAGUCAAUGGUCACUGGCAGUGCUGACAAGACUGCCAAAUUCUGGAAUUUCCAGGUAGUGCAAGAGGAGAUUCUGGGAACCAAGCGGACAACCCCAAAGCUGAAACUUGUUCAUACCAGAACCCUAAAGGUGACAGACGACAUUCUCAGUCUACGCUUCAGCCCAGAUGCUCGUUUACUAGCAGUUUCUCUUUUGGAUAACACUGUCAAGGUUUUCUUUGUUGACUCCCUGAAACUCUUUCUCAAUCUAUACGGCCAUAAGCUUCCUGUACUGAGUAUGGAUAUCUCUUUUGAUAGCAAGAUGAUCGUUACUUGCUCUGCCGAUAAAACCGUACGGCUAUGGGGCCUUGAUUUUGGUGAUUGCCACAAGUCUUUCUUUGCUCACCAGGACAGUGUCAUGGCUGUGGCCUUUAUGCCUCACAACAAGGAAGGCGAUGGUCAUAAUUUUUUUAGUGUUGGCAAAGACCGAGUUAUCAAGUACUGGGAUGGCGAUAAGUUCGAGCAAAUCCUUAAACUUGGGGGCCACCACGGCGAAAUUUGGGCAUUGGCCAUGAGCCAUUGUGGAGAGUUCAUCGUCACAUCCAGCCAUGAUAAGAGUAUUCGACUCUGGGAGCAGACAGACGAACAGAUAUUCCUGGAAGAAGAACGGGAAAAGGAAAUGGAAAGUUUGUAUGAAGACAACCUACUCAAAUCCUUGGAUCAAGAUGAAGAUGGCGAAGAUAAAGCCGAAGCAGUGGCAGCUGGAAAGCAGACAACCGAGACUCUUACCGCUGGAGAAAAGAUCAUUGAAGCACUGGACCUUGGUAUGGACGAUCUUGCACUACUACGAGACGCGAAGGAAAAGAAUAUGCUACCACCAACACGACACCCGCAAUAUCUUGCCCUUGGAAACAUAUCGGCCGAACGAUAUCUUCUUAAUGUCAUUCGAAAGAUACCGGCCGCUUCGCUACAGGACGCACUUCUCGUCCUUCCUUUUACCAAACUUCCCGCUCUUUUCACAUUUGUGGAUAUCUGGGCCGGAAAAGGAUGGGAUAUCCCACUUACCUGCCGUGUACUCUUCUUCAUCCUAAAGACGCACCACACUCAGAUCGUUAGCAGCAAGAUGAUGAAGCCCAUGCUUAACUCUAUCCGUUCCCACCUCCGCCAAGUCCUCAACAGGCAAAAGGAUGAAAUGGGCUAUAACUUGGCAGCUCUGCAGUUCAUUGGCGGCCAGGUGAGAGAGAAGAGCAAGUCAGAUUAUGUUGAUGAAGAGCAGUGGGAGGAAGACGAACAGAAACAGACGGGGGUAAAGAAGCGGCAGUAUACAUCGGUGGCAUAA